GACAUUUAAAUCUGAAAACCAUUGGAUCGGAUUUAGUGUGGGAUUAAUUACGUUUUGUUCUUUUUUUUUUCCAGAGCUCAAUAGCUUUAUGUUUUUAUCCUCUAUUGUCAUUUUUUAAUAUAUAUAUAUGUGGAUUAUAAAACUUGUUUGAUUAUACAAAAGUUUCUCCUGAACUUCUGGGUGUUUUGUCUUCCAUUGCAGCCUUUGUGGUGUUGAUGGCUCUGUUUUUUCUUUACCUCAGCAACAAACUGUCUGUGCAGAGUCCUGACAAUCUUUCACAUCUCAACGGACAUAAGAAUCCCCAGCAAGAUGGAGAUAUUUCAAAGCACGAGGAGGAAAAAAUCCCAGAGGGUGUGACCCAGCAGAAUGUAAGCUCUGCAUGGAGGAAAGGCAAACAGUCCAAUGAGCAGGAAGGAUACAGCAGCGAGGCCUCCAGUGAACAGGCUGCCAGCAUUCAGAGGAUAAAGAAAGAUUCCUCACUAACUGAGCUCCAGCCUCCCCCAUACCAUCACGUAAACUCAGGGACACGCAAGUCCUCACGCUACUGUUCAGAACGAGGAGUCAGGAGGCCGUCGUCCCUGCAAAAUUCUGACAGCCCUCGUUGCUCCAGCGAGGCCAGCAUGGACCAGGAUACUGAGAGUUACCUCAACAAAGGCUGCGAGGAGGACAUUCCCAGUGACAGCACUGCUGUUCUAAGUCCAGAGGAUGGGUCUGGUCUUCAGCUUCCUUCAGCCUAUGAGCCAGAGCCAAUGGCUCAAUACGGCACUCUGGACGUCGCCUUCGAGUACGACUCCACCGAGCAGUGGCUGGCCGUCACUGUGACGGCUGCGACAGACAUCCCCGCUCUGAAGCAGACGGGUAACAUCGCCUGGCAGGUCCACCUGGUCCUGCUCCCCACCAAGAAGCAGCGGGCCAAAACGGGCGUGCAGAAGGGCCCGUGUCCCGUUUUCACAGAAACAUUCAAGUUUUCCAGGGUGGAACAAGAGGCCCUGGGGGACUACGCUGUACGCUUUCGCCUGUACAGCAUCAGACGGAUGAAGAAGGAGAAGGUGCUGGGAGAGAAGGUGUUCUACCUGACUAAGCUCAACUUGCAGGGGAAGAUCGCUCUACCCGUCACCCUGGAGCCUGGCUCUGAACUUACAGGCUGUGGCUCUCUCGUGAGCGUGUCUCGUAGUGCAGGUGCUCUGUCCUACCGCUCCACCGAAGACUCCUCGCUGCCAGAGAUCCUCCUGGGUCUCAUCUAUAACUCUGCCACCGGACAGCUUUCUGCUGAGGUUAUACAAGGAAGUCGCUUUAAAACUACAGCUUCUGAUAAACCUGUCAAUGGUCUGUUUUGUUGUGUGAAGCACUUCGUAGGAGGACAGCUGUAUAUCAUGAGAGACACCUACGUCAAGCUCACCAUGCUGGACUCCAAGGGCAAGGAGAUGUCCAAGCGCAAGACAGCGGUGUGCCGUGGCCAGCCCAACCCCACCUACAAGGAGACGUUCGUCUUCCAGGUGGCUCUCUUCCAGCUGUCCGAAGUCUCGCUGGUGUUGUCUGUGUUCUGCAGGAGGAGCAGCAUGAGGCCCAGGGAGAGGCUGGGAUGGGUCUCCUUAGGCCACAGCAGCACCACAGAGGAGCAGCAAGCCCACUGGACAGAGAUGAGGGAGGCAGAGGGGCAGCAGGUCUGCCACUGGCAUACUCUCACUGACACUUAGGAGGACUGUAGCAAAAGUAAAGAGCAUUUCAAGCUGGGAGAAAAGCAGGAAGCACUGUCUGAGCAGAGUGUCCUUGUGUUGCACAUUGAAGCGAGGAUGGGGUCUCUCUCCCACCCCUCACUGCUGGACUGAAAGGAUACCCUUUAACCUGCCACUUUUGUCUGAUGCAGCCAGUCUGGGCUAAUGAAUAAGGCUUUAUACCUCCAGUUAAAGACUGACACUGUAAUGACAGGAUGUGAAGUUCAGCAAAAAUAAUUUGUUUUUUAUAUAAAGAUACUUUUAACAGUAAAAUCUGCAUGCACACCAACUGUUUACAGGACCAAUAUGAAAACACUUCCAGAACAGCUUCGGCCUUUGAAUCUCGGACCAAAGAUUUUGGUCCAGGAGCAGCAGACUUCUUCCAAUACUUUCUGGGCUUCAGCUAUCACCAGCAUACCAGACAUUUCUCUACCACUGAAU